UUGUUUAUAUAAUUCCGCAAACAGCCGAAGUGAUUCAGGCCCCGGUACCUGCGAUACUAGUUUCAGCCUAUACUCUUCGUCGUCUGGAAGACACGACAACCAAAACUUCAAGAAUUAUGUGGAAGACUUUAUUACUAAUUUUGCCAGCGGCUUUUGCGCUGUCGAACGCUGCUAUGGUUGGAGGUCCUGCUGAUGCUGACAUCAAUGAAGAAGGAGUACAAAAUGCCUUGCAGUACGCAGUGGUUGAACACAACAAAGGAACAAACGAUAUGUACAUCUCAAAAGUGGCGAACGUGGUCAAGGUCCAGAAACAGGUUGUUGCUGGGAUGAAGUACAUUUUCACUGUGGAAAUGGGAAGGACACCUUGCAAGAAAGGCGGCGUGGAGCUUAACUGCGAGGUGCACACUGAUUUGGAGCUGGCUAAGCCCUACACAUGCACUUUUGAGGUCUGGAGCCGCCCAUGGGUGAAGGUGAACGGAAUUAAGCUGGUCAAGAACCAGUGCAUGCACCCCACUCCUGCUCCACCCAAGGAGGCACAACCCGCCCCCGUCGCAUAAACGCACAGCGUAAUAAACAUAUCCGUAUCCACUCCAGAUAUGGUUUGCCAAAUACAGCAAGUCAUUUAAUCAUGUAGAGUAUAUUUUCAGACUUUGUCAGGCUUUGGAGUUCUAUCACCCUAAUAUUCAUGCAGCAUUUGGUUUGGUUAAAUGAUUGGCACUGAUGUUAACGAUUGUUUUGUAAGAAUCGCCCCAUUACUAAAGUUUUGCCGUCUAAUCUACACAGUACUGCUAACAUCUUUGUGUUUUCAUUGCACAUGACCUUAAAUAAAUAAAGGUUUUAGUACACAAUA